GCCAUCUAGUGAAUUAAAUAUCCAAUUAGACAGUUAUAGUUCCAGUCAGCGAAACAACCAAUCGUGUGCUUUGAAAUUUGAGUAUAUAUUUGGCGUAAUUUCCUUUAGUCUUCCUCUUUGGCGCGCGUGGUACAUGUUUUGCGUUGUUUCGUGGCAGGGAAAGUGGUCAAGAUGUCCGGAAAUCUAGAUGUCCUUCAAAUGAAGGAGGAGGAUGUGCUUAAGUUCUUGGCUGCAGGAACCCAUCUGGGAGGAACUAACACAGACUUUCAGAUGGAGCACUACACCUACAAGAGAAAGAGUGAUGGUGUGUACAUCAUCAACCUGAGGAAGACCUGGGAGAAGCUACUGCUGGCAGCCCGUGCCAUUGUUGCCAUUGAGAACCCAGCUGACGUCUGCGUCAUCUCCUCCAGGAACACUGGACAGAGAGCUGUGCUGAAGUUUGCCUCGGCCACUGGUGCCACCACCUUCCACGGUCGUUUCACCCCCGGAACCUUCACCAAUCAAAUCCAGGCUGCCUUCAGGGAGCCCCGCCUCCUAAUUGUAACGGACCCUCGUGCUGACCACCAGCCCCUGACUGAAGCCUCUUACGUCAACAUCCCCACCAUUGCCCUGUGCAACACUGACUCCCCACUCCGAUAUGUCGACAUCGCCAUCCCCUGCAACAACAAGGGUCACCACUCUGUGGGUCUGAUGUGGUGGAUGCUGUCCAGGGAGGUGCUGAGGAUGCGGGGCACCAUCUCCAGGGAGCACCCCUGGGAGGUCAUGCCUGAUCUCUAUUUCUACAGGGACCCUGAGGAGAUUGAGAAGGAGGAGCAGGCUGAGGCUGAGAAAGCUAUUGGAAAGGAGGAGUUCCAGGGAGAGUGGACUGCUCCAGCAGCUGAGUUCACCCAGCCUGAGGUGGCUGACUGGUCUGAGGGAGUGGCUGUGCCCUCAGUCCCCAUCCAGCAGUUCUCUGCGGCUGCUGCUCUUGCCAAGCCAGCUGCUGAGGGGUUCACUGAGGACUGGAGUUCCCAGCCAGCCACUGAGGAUUGGUCAGCUGCCCCUAUUGCCCAGGUCUCUGAAUGGGGUGGGGAGACUGCUACUUGGUCCUAAGCGAUGGUGGCCUAAUGUUUGACAGUACACUAAAUAGCUUUUUUGGUGUACAAACUGACCCCUGACAAUUUAAACACUACAGUGUAGUAGGCAAGUGACCUUAACAGCAAUACUACAUGAAUAUUAGCACAACUGUUAUGCUUACACUUCACAUUGAAAGAACUUACUAACAUUUAAUUAGACUGUUGCCAUAUGUUGAGCCCUCUUAAUGCUGACAAAAGGGGUAAAGCUCUUUAAUUACACUGUUGGAUGAUUUAGCAACUUUGGGCACUUUGGCCCUGUAAGCGUUCGGAAAUUAAAACUUACUGAAACACCA